CAUGCACAGCAGCAGGAAGCAAGACGACGCGCAGAGGAUGACUGCGCAGCCCGGGACAGGCUCCCUCCUCCUGGGAUGUGACUCCGGCUGCAGCAGCAGCAGCCUCGCCGCCCUCUCCGACCUCCAGCCUCCUGCUCACGUGACGCAGAUUAAGUUGAAGAGGAACGCGGUGACUGACGACUAUAGGAUCACCUCGCAGGUUCUCGGCCUGGGAAUCAAUGGCAAAGUGCUCGAAUGCUUCUGCAAGAAGACUGGACACAAGUGCGCCCUCAAGAUCUUGUAUGACACACCUAAAGCCCGCCGUGAGGUGGAGCUGCACGGAAAGGUUUCUGGUGGUCCGCACGUGGUCCGGAUCCUCAGCCUGUAUGAAAACAUGUACAAGGGGAAGAAGUGUCUCCUCAUUGUGAUGGAGUGCAUGGAGGGAGGCGAGCUGUUCUGUCGCAUUCAGGCCAGAGGGGACCAGGCUUUCACUGAGAGAGAGGCAUCAGGGAUCAUGCGUGACAUCGGCUCGGCCAUCGAGUACAUCCACCUCAUGGACAUCGCUCACAGGGAUGUAAAACCUGAAAACCUGCUCUAUAGCACCAAGGAGAGUAACGCAUCCCUCAAACUGACAGACUUUGGCUUCGCAAAGGAGACCACUGUGCACAAUUCCCUCCAAACUCCCUGUUACACUCCUUAUUAUGUCGCGCCUGAAGUGCUCGGCCCGGAGAAAUACGACAAGUCAUGUGACAUGUGGUCUCUGGGCGUCAUCACGUACAUCCUGCUGUGUGGAUUCCCACCUUUCUACUCCAACACAGGCCAGGCCGUCUCACCUGGGAUGAAGCAGCGGAUCAGACUCGGACAAUACAAAUUCCCCAACCCUGAGUGGGCAGAGGUUUCAGAGGAGGCCAAGCAGCUCAUCAUCCAGCUCCUGAAGACCGACCCCAAUGAAAGGAUGACCAUCGGUCAGUUCAUGAGCCACCCUUGGAUAAGCCAGUCCAUGGUGGUCCCACUCACUCCUCUCCACACCUCUCGUGUUCUGAUGGAGGACAAGGAGCUGUGGGAUGAUGUCAAGGAGGAAAUGACCAGUGCCUUGGCUACAAUGCGUGUUGACUAUGAACAGGUGAGGAUUAAAGACCUGGACACGUCCAACAACCCUCUGCUCAACAAACGACGCAAGAGGCCUCUGCCUACAGAAGAUUAAGCUCAUUGUAAUAGUAAUACACAUUCCUUUUUCUGACCAGGAGAAAUGAUUAUAACCAUACAACUAUAUAAUUACAAUAUAGGGUGUUCCCCAAAAGAAUGACACCAUUUUGUAGUCCAAUAACAAGGGGCAGCUGGUCAAUAGAGGGCUCUCGGGCGCUUCCCCACCAUAUUACAUUUCUUGAAGACGGUAAAUUCAUUAAAAACGCAAAUACUUCAAAAUAUAUGUCUAUCUAUUUUUAAGAUGAACAGGGUAAAUAGUGUAUCAUUUAUGAUGAGUAAAGCUGUUGUUUGUUUCUUUACUGAUUUUGCGACACAUUACUGGUCUGGGGCACACAAAUCUAUAUCCAUUGACUCUCGUUAAAGGUUUGACAUGCACAGUCACUCCUCUUCGACGCAGUAGAUAGCGCGCCGAGCUGGCCGACGUCACAUUCGACUGUCAUAGCUCGGUGUCUGUGCACGCUGCACUUCCGCAUUCCGUGUUGGCAUGUCAUCAUUACUUCUCAUUGUACCGCUGCAAUUUUAAAGCUAAGGCCCGGUACACACACAAAUACAAUCGGCCUGUUUUUCGUGCUGAUUCUGCUCCUUCCCGACCUCACACGUCAAACGCCACACAAUCUUAAGUCUUAUAAAUUUAUCCUACAUAUUGUCCUUAGGUCUGAUGUUUGUUAAGAGUGGAUUUGUCACGAUUUUAGGGACCAAAACAGGUUGGGGCCGACAAUUCUUUAAAAAUGAACUCGGUCAAUAUGUGCGACCAAAACUCUUCAUGUGUGCGGGGAACGCCGUCUUCUACCAAGUCAUGACGCCGAGAAUGGUGACGUGGAACAGAACAGAACAGAAUGUAGCCAAUCAAAAAGCACCCGAGACUGACAAAUACUGAAGCGACCGUAAAUGAAAAAAAAAAUUGUCAUACCCGAUGUCGUUUUAUGGAGAAAAGUGGGUUCCUCAGACAGCAAGAAGUAUUUUCCAAAGCUAGUCGUUUUUGAGAACAUCGCCAUUUUACAAGAAGUGUUUCUUCUUUGGUUUUGUGAGCUCAUGUGUGAUCACGCGAGACUUCGAGAUCAGCAGUAGAACAGAAUCUUUAUGUGUGUGUCUGCUGUGUUGAGAUACUCGGGGAACAUCACACACAUGACGACCAAAACUGUUGAAUGCCCAAUUUUUUAUCUUUAUUUUUGCGGUCAGCAGCAGAUUAAAAAAAAAAAAAAAAAAAAAAACAUUUUAAGAGUGGAUAAAUAUUUGUGUGUACCAGGCCUAAGUUUGCUAACAUUACUUACUCGCUUACGCUCAUGCUUACUUAGUGUGGUACUCAUGUAAUGGAUGCUCGCUCACGCUGUCCAUGAGUACAGUACGUAGUCAAAUCACACUCCUGCCUUAUUAAGAGUGGCUGUAUCGUGGAGAAAACUCCCCUACCCGCCACUGCUAAUCACACAGCCAGUUCUCUCUACAAAUGAUCUUACAAUUUAACAAGAUAGAUAGAUGUAAGUUAAAUGUUUUACUUUUGUGUUCAAGGUGAAGAAUGACACUAGCAAUGAAAAGGCAUUUUGUGUGUUAGAAUAUGUUCUGACACAGUCAAACAAGAGUGCGCAGCAUGCAUUUUUGAAGAAAUUCAACAAAUACACCACUAGCAAAGUAAAUUUGGACAUGGUACAAAAAAGAAAGAAGAAAAGCUGUAAUGUACAAGAGGUCCUCAUCUUGAUUUUUUUAUUUUGUAUUUGUGAAGCUUAGUAAAAUUGUUCAUAAAAUCUGUUUCUGGAAUUUUGAUGAAUAAAUGUUCUAUUUAAUUUUUGAAUGCCCGGGGCUUGUAGUUGCUCAGAUAUUCACAUUUCAAAUGAUGUCAAUUUUUGGGGAACACCCAAUAUAUUAGUCAUGAUAACAUAAUACAACUAUGACAGAGAGAGAGUAUUGUAUAUCAGCCAUUAUAUAUAUGAAUAUUUAGGGGAUUCUAUUUAAUGUCAUGAAUGUAAAGCUACUAUAUAUAUAUAUAUAUAUAUAUAUAUAUAUAUAUAUAUACAGUGCAGUAUUUCAAAUAAAAUUAAACUUUUAAUGUUUUAUAACUCCAUCAGAUCUCUCUUGUACAUAAAACCUCAUAGAGUAUAAUGCAACCUAAAUGUAGAAUGUGAUAAUUUCUUCUGGCAGUAGUGGUUCUGGUUAAUAAUAAUGGUAUGGUAGUUUGUCUAUAUGUUUACUAUGUUUGGCUGGCAACCAGUCCAAGGUUCUUGCUGAGGAGAAACAGCUGCAGGUGAGACAUCAAGGAUGAACUUGAAGUCAGAUACUGAGGUACCACAAAGAUCCAGCCUGGAAGAGAUUGACCAUGUGGUGGAAAGAACCAUUAAUGGACUUCAAAAGUCUUUGUCAGCUGUCAUGACAUUUGUGGCAAGUACAGUAUGUCUACAUUCCAGGGUCUACUUUAUAGAACAUGUUGCACUGGACUUGUAUGCAAACCUUAUUCCAGAUAUCCAGAUGAAGCGGGGUUGCACUCAUUCUGACAAUUGGAAGACAUUUGGGAAUUUUUCCCCCCCCUUGUGAUCAAAGUCAGGAAAGGCCUGAUUAUCAGAUGUCUCUGAAAGAGUAGCCUGUGCGAUUGUCCUGUGUUGUGGGGUCGAGGCAGACACGGAAUGUUGACUGCCACUUCCUCCCAAUCCCAAGUGAAUAUUUUUUUUUAAAUCCCGCCAUAUCCUGAUUUUUUUUCCAAAAAUCUCAUCCAAUUUCUAGUUUAUGAAAAACAUCUUGCUCCCACAGAGAUUGAGCCCAAUCCCGAGCCAAAACUUUACAGACUCCCACAGAUUAUUUCCCCCCC